CAGGCUCCGCCUUUUGUAUGUGAAGUCAUAUGAUCGUUUGACAUUGACUUGUAUUCUAGGUUUUUUUUUUGUAAUUUUCAGCGGAGCUCCUGGGAAAUAGUGAAAAGUCCCAUUUCCCAUUCAAAAAUUUAAGUAAAAAUGGGCGCAGCAGCUUUACCAUUCAUAAUUUUCACCGUUUUGUGGGGCGGCGUCGGCAUUGUCCUGCCCAUUAUUGUCCCAAAGGGCCCCAAUAGAGGGAUAAUACAAGUUAUAUUGAUGUUAACGGGCGUUUGCUGCUGGUUGUUCUGGCUGUGCUGCUAUGUAGCACAAAUGAACCCUUUGAUAGGACCCAAACUAGACAAACACACAAUUAUGGUUAUGGCAAAAGCAUGGGGCAAUGAGCUUAAAGAGUAACUUUCUUCAACCAUUUUUCCUUAUGCAAAAAAAAAUUGUUAUUAUUUUGUUAAUAUCUCACAUAUAUGUGACCUUUAUACACAUUUUAAAUUAUUCAGUUAUACACUUUUUGUCUAAAUCUUGAUGUCACAUGCUAUCUUUAUUGUUAUAGAUUUUAAGUUUUAAAUUUUAUUUACAACUUUUUACACAACUAUUUUUGUUCAAUGAAAUAAAUAAUUGCAUGGUGGUAUUACUAAAUUGUAAGAGGAACUAAAUUUUAGGUGAUCAAAUAGAUAAAUGUAUUAUGUAUAUAAAAAAUGUAUUUCAUUCCAGUAAAUGUUAGUGAAUAAAAAAUACUCUUUCAU